CGCUCUCGCCAAGCUUAAGACACAAAACCCCACGACGAGCUAUCGAGGCAGCAAAUAAGACAUCUGAUCAGGAGAUGUCGUCGUCGUCGCAGAAGCCAGCACAGGAGGCGGCGCCGGUGAAGCUCAUCACGGCGUUCGGAAGCCCGUUCGCGCACCGCGUGGAGGUGGCGCUCGCGCUCAAGGGCGUGCCGUACGAGCUGGUCGUUGAGGACCUGGCCAACAAGAGCGCGCUGCUGCUCGCGCACAACCCCGUCCACCGCUCGGUCCCCGUCCUCAUCCACGGCGGCCGCGCGGUCUGCGAGUCCCUCGUCAUCGUCGAGUACGUCGACGAGGCGUUCCACGGCGGGGCGGCUCCGCGGAUCCUCCCCACCGACCCCUACGACCGCGCCACCGCCCGCUUCUGGGCCCAGUUCAUCGCCGACAAGUGCUUGAAGCCGCUGUGGCUGUCGAUGUGGGCGGACGGCGAGGCGCAGGCGCGGUUCACGAGGGAGACGAAGGAGAGCCUGGCGAUCCUUGACGCGCGGCUCGAUGGCAAGAGGUUCUUCGGCGGCGACGCCCUCGGCUUCGUCGACCUCGCCGCCUGCACACUGGCGCACUGGCUCGACGUGCUGGAGGAGGUGGCCGGGGUGCGCCUCGUCGGGGAUGGCGAGUACCCGGCUCUCCGCCGGUGGGCCAAGGAGUACACCUCCGACGAGACAGUGAAGAGGUUCCUGCCGGACAGGGAGGAGCUCGUCGCCUUCUUCGCCGCUAACAAGGAGAGGUACACGUCCAUGGUCAGGGCAGCGCUGCAGCAGCAGUAGCUCUACCUCCACUCCAUCCUGCUCGUUGGAUACUUGUAUUCACGGAUCGUAUUGCAUACGUGUGAUGUAUCAAUUUCCAGUACUCCACUUUGUUUCUUUUUUCGAACAAUUACUCCACUUUGUUAUGCUGAAUUUUGUUUUUGUUGUAUGGAGAGUCAGGUUUGAGCCUUUUGUAUUGUGUGUGGAGAAUGGUUGGGACACUAAACGCUUACGAAUAGUGCACUGAUUAGUGAUUGAGCAGAAAUAAACGCAUUUUACCAUCUCCCCCAA